AUGGCGGUGACACUACCACCACUAGCGGCUGCGCCACCAUUUGAUCUACUAAGGGAGGCCUCAUUGUACGUCGGUGAUCUGCACCCAGAAGUGAAUGAGAAUGAUCUGGUUCAAGCAUUUCGGGUAAUGGGUCCAUUGGUCUCAGUUUACCUCUGCAGAGACAGAGUCACUUACAAAUCCCUUCGAUACGGUUUCGUCAACUUCUUCUUUCCUUCUCAUGCUUCUAGGGCUCUGGCUUGCCUAAACCACACUGAAUUAAAGGGAAAAACCAUGAGGAUAAUGUGGUGUGAGAAAGACCCUGUUACAAGAAAUACUGGAAUUGCCAAUCUUUUUGUCAAGAACCUUCACCCUUCAGUCAGCAGUGCUCGUUUGCAGAGUAUUUUUUCCAAGUUUGGGAAUAUAAUCUCUUGCAAGGUGGCUGAGGAAAAUGGAAAGAGUAAGGGUUUCGGGUUUGUUCAGUAUGAUCGGGAAGGUUCAGCGAUCACAGCACUCAAUGCUCUUCAUGGAACUGUGCUUGAAGGGAAGAAGUUUAUCAUCUGUAAUUUGUUUAAUUAUUUGGUCUCCAUCAGAUAUGUGUCCAAGUUUGUCAGGAAAAGCCAGCAGAAGGAUUACUGUGACGACCCAAAAUUCACAAAUCUGUAUGUGAAAAAUGUGGAUAAAGAUUUGACAGAGGAUUUCCUUCGAGAUAAAUUUUCAAAAUAUGGGAAGAUCAGCAAUGCUGCCAUCAUGAAGGAUGAUGAGGGGAAGUCAAAAGGUUUUGGUUUUGUCAACUUUGAGUCACAUGAAGAGGCUGAGAAGGCUGUGGAGGCCAUGAAUGGUGUACUUAUCGGAUCCAAAAAAAUCUUUGUAGGAAGAGCUCAGAAGAAAGCUGAAAGGGAAGAGCUCUUAAAACGUGCACGUGAGGAGAUGCUCAACCGUCAUGCUGAGAUGUUGAACUCUUCAGAUUUAUACGUGAAAAAUCUAAAUAUAUCAAUUGAUGGCAGAAAAUUGGAAGAAAUUUUUAGUGCUUUUGGGGAAGUAAAAUCAACAAAAGUGGUAUGCGACAAAAAUGGAGUUAGUAAAGGAUUUGGAUUUGUAAGUUUUUCCAAUCCAGAAGGAGCAAAGAAAGCUUUAAAUGCACUCAAUGGAACCACUAUCGAAGGGAAGUCUCUGUAUGUGACUGUGGCUCAGCCCACAAAAGAACGUCGCAGGGAUAUGCAGAUUCGUUUGCCACAAUACCCACCACACCCAUAUUAUACUUCUAACUGGGAUUCCUAUGCCACUAAGUUUCGUCCAAUCCAUUAUGAUCUCCCUCUUUAUCCCCCUGAAGUACCUCCCCAUUCACACCAGCCAACUAUAUAUCAGUACCAUGGUAGGCAUGCUGGUGCAUUCUAUCCGUUUGGAGCACAUAAAGUUGACCGGAACUUUUCUACAUAUAAUCCUGCGAUAAAACCACUGCAGGGAGCCGCCAAGGACUGGAUUCUCCAGCAGCUUAACUCUAGGAAAAUCAAGAACGAGAGGAGUGGUGCUGCAGAAGGCUUUUCCAAAGGCUCAACUGUUACAAAAAAGUACUUUGUAACAUCAUCAGCUCAUGUAUGCAAGAACAACAUUGGGGAACCUCUUCAUCCGUCAGUUGAGAAUCUUCAGGCUAAGCCUGCAGCAAACAUAACUGAAAUGCUGUUGCAAAUAAAGAACUCUGAUAUGCAGAAGCUACUGAAUUCAUGGAACUCCAAGGCAAUGGAGGUUGAGAGAGUGGUAUAAUGCUGAAGCAAGCAAACUUUCAGACCGACUCAGCUGUCUGCUUGCAGCUUGAGCAACUGAUAUGUGGCGUUGCAAAUUCUAAAUGCCGUAUGCUGUCUUCUUUGGAUUUUUUGUUUUUUGAACAAUUGACACUUUUUGUUCUCCCCAGUGAUGAAUUUGCACAGUUUUUGUAAUAUGCUUUACUUCUGUUUUGGACACUUAUGCCA